AAAUUCACGCUUGCGACUGGUUUCCAGCAAUAUAAAAGGAGGUAGCAGCUCUACCACAUUCAGUUAGAAGACGACCGUCAAAGGAGCACUUCUACUACAUCACGAAGGAAGAAAUCCAUACAAAAAGGGCUACGUUACUAUGCAUAACGGGUGUCUACUGCUUCUUGCCUUUGUCGCGGUAUUCCAGCCGAUUGCUUCGUACACUGAGCGCGGCCUCGUUAAUGGAAGGCAGGAACGCUGUGACUAUCGGACAUCGGUGCGCGACCCGGAACUCAACUUUCAUGGAACUUACCGCUUUAACAAACCUGCCGUGGAAGAUCACCGCCUAAACCAGAGGGACGAUAUUCGUAAGCUCCGCCGUAAUGGAGUGAAGGAAGAAACUCUUCGUCUCGCUUCAUCUUCAGACAGGCGGCUUGCUGAUACCGUGGAAAGGGAGAGGAUUACGUUGACGAGGCUUUCCAGCGAUCGCAUCGGAAACGACGCUCUCCUACGCCGCGAAAUUCGCAAUACACGUCCCGUUUCCAGUCACCGUAACGAGCGGAAGCACGAAAUCCGACGUGAGCGCCUUUCAACAACGCAAGAAUCCGACCAAGCUCGUUUCUCUGGCCGCCGGGAGAACAGCAGAUUGUCUGUAGAUGAAAACCAUUCUCAAAGACUCGAUAACAAGCGCUUCAAUGAAAGGGUUUCAGUGGAAUCUCGACGAGAUACCCGAGACAAUGGAAUCAAUGCAGACAAGCAACGAGUUCGAGAACAUCGGGAAGUACGUUUUGAUACCAACCGAGCGAGAGAUAAUGGAGCAAGCAGUUUGAUAGAACGUCGUAUUGCGAGAGAGGCUGUUCAAAAGAUGGACACGCGGCGUUCUGUGUCCAGAAUUCAACAGGACCGCAAUGCGGACCGUGAAACUCUUAACCGACGUUCCAGCAGGGAAAUAAGAAGCUCGUCAACCUCGGGCGAUAGGGUAAAUCGAGCUAGUGCCAAUGAGGGGUCGCGAUUCGUCGUCGUACAAAGGCAGCGUGAUUCUCAAAUCCGACUAACAGUUGAACGAAAAAAUAACCGAGAUUCUGCCAGCCGAGAAGUUCUAGAUGAUCGUAUCUCAGUAAAUCGCAGAAACGCUCAACGAGCCCAAUCUGCCGACACCCGAAGGGAAAUCCGAGAUACCGAAAAUGAAGCUAGACUGGCGAGAGCAGUACGAUCCGUAAAUGAUCGUGUUAUCCGAAAGGAUCUUAGUGGGUCCAGGAUAUUUAACCGUGAAAUUGCUGCAGAAAACCAAAGGCAUGCUCGAAGCAUGGCGGCAUCACUAGAACGAAGCACUGAAUAUCGAAAGGACUCCAGAAGAGAGUCAGCAACAACAAGUAUUGAAACAGCAACUCGACGAAGCAUUCAUAAUAUUCGUACAGCGGAAACACGGAAGGCAAUCCGAAAUGCCGAAAGCAAUUUCCGUAUCUUUGAAUUAAAUGCCAAACGCACUGUGGAAACCUGCGUUCACGAUCGAGAACCGUCGAAUGAACACCGAAUGUCUCGAAUAAUGACAAGGGAGCGAUCACAGGAAAAUCGACGGCUUACUCGCAAUGUUCGAGCCCAAACUAUCAGAACUGAACGCGUUGAUGAAGACCGACAGGAAGCUCGUAACGUUGGAAUCGGAGCUUUUAGAACUGAGCGAUCUGACGAGAGCGGACGGGUAGCUCGAAGUUUUGAGGUCCGAGCAUACAUAAAUGAACGCGCUGUUAGAAGCCAGCGAGAUUCUCGCUCCGUUGGAACACGAUCGUCCCGAACUGAACGCUCUGAAUUCAGGACUGAGCGCACUGACGAAAGUCAACGUGAUGCUCGCACUGUUAAAGUCCCAGCCAUACGGAGAGAACGCACUGAAGAAAGUCGCAGAGAUGCACGCAGCAUUGGAGUCCGAUCAUUCAGGGCUGAAAAGUCUGAGCAAAGUAGACGAGAUGCUAGAAAUGUUAUUUCCCAACUAUUUAGAGACGAACGAACUGACGAAAGCCGUCGAUAUGCUAGCAAUGAUGAACUGCGAGCAUUCAGGGCAGAACGCACUGACGGAAACCGACGUGACGCUCGCUUUGCUGGAGCACGAUCAGUCAGGUCUGAGCGCACGGAAGAGAGUCGACGAGAUGCUCGAGAGGCUGGAAUACGAGCAUUCAGAUCUGAGCGCACUGACGAAAACCAAAGAAAUACUCGAAGCGCUGGCAUUCGAACAGAUGCUCGAAGUAAUGGAGUCCUUGUAUUUAGGACUGAACGAACUGCGAAAGGCCGUCGAGAUGGUCGAGCGAUUGAAAGCGGUACUCAUCGUCGAGACACUCAGGGCAUUGAAAGGCAAACCCGUUCACUUGACCGUGUCACCGAUUCCCGUAGGGACAGUCAAAAUAAUAACAGGGAAGCUCGUAUACAAGAAAGGACACUUGAAAGCCGCCGCAUGGUUCGAAAUAUUGUAUCUCGAGCUGAAGAUGAACGAGCUAAUAACCGAAGAGCUACUCGUAGCCUAGAAAUAGACAUUCGAUCAAUGGGACGUGAGAGCUCUAGGGAAAGCCGUUUGAACCGAGAUUCCAGAACAUUCACGCUGGAUCGCCGAUCAGAAGAAACGAGGCGUGGAUCUGAUCGUGCGAUUGAACGUCUCGACAAACGGGACUCGCUAGAAAACAGGCGCAUUUUCACCAUUCAGCGAGAAUCGCGGAGGGACACUCAAAGGACCCUUGAUAGAGACAACCUUGCAAGACGACAUGUGGAAGCUGAAUCUCGAAACAGCUUCGACACAGAGUUUGCCAGAAAGCGAGAAUUUCAAGGCAUGUCCAGGAACACCGCCCAAACCGAGAAUGAGACAACCAUGAUGAACUGGCAGUACAUUUUGUACACACUGCAAGGACUUUACAUUUGCGGGCUGCUGAUUCAGUUGGGAGGGAGCGCCGAAAAGAAAACCAGGGUAUCUUGGUGGCCGGCGCCUCAGCAUCUCAUCAAAGUGGAUUGAAUAACACGUCAAGAAUAUAUUUAGUAGUACCUAGUAGAGUAUAGUAUGGCUAAAUGUACCUACGUAGUUCUAGUUCUUAUAGACAAAAUAGUUGUGACUUGAUGUAUGCAAACAUAUUAUGUAGAGAACAUUAUAAUAUAUUGUCCGUUAUUAAAUAUUUUUU